GCGAGCAUUGUCAGUCUUGUCGGUCAAAUCAAACGCGAUCCAGAUUUCGACGAAGAAAGGUUGUGCGCGGAGCCGUGUGAAGAUUUUCCAGCCCCCAAUCGCCAUUUUCUGCAGUGUAGCGUGAUCAGAGUGGUGUGCCAAGUUGCAGAGCAACGGUCAGAAGGGUGUGGAGUGUAUCUGGUGGCCACAGAUUGUCGAGGAUUUUUUGGAGAAGGGUGCGCGAAAACAGGUUAAUAGAGGGCCAGUGAAAGUGAGUCUUGUUCCCUCCUGUUGCCCCCGCGACGCGCGAUACCCCAGCACGAUGUCCUGGUUAGAGAUCCGUGGCAAUACUGUGGGUGAGCUAUGACAAUAAUCCUCUUCCUCAUCGACACAUCCGCCUCCAUGUGCCAGCGUGCGCAUGUGAAUGGUGUACAAAAGACGUAUCUGGACAUCGCCAAGGGUGCUGUGGAGACAUUCCUUAAGUACCGGCAGCGGAGUCAGGAUUGCAUGGGCGAUCGCUACAUGCUGCUGACAUUUGAGGAUCCCCCGUCGAAUGUGAAGGCUGGUUGGAAGGAGAACCAUGCCACGUUUAUGAAUGAACUGAAGAAUCUGCAGAGUACUGGACUCACGUCGAUGGGCGAAGCGCUCAAGAAUGCCUUCGAUCUGCUCAAUCUCAACCGCAUGCAGUCGGGAAUUGACACGUACGGCCAGGGCAGGUGUCCCUUCUACCUCGAGACGUCCGUCAUUAUCGUGAUCACGGAUGGGGGAAAGUAUUCCUCCAGGAAUGGCGUGAACAAUGAGAUUGUGCUGCCGCUGCACGCUCAAAUUCCGGGCACGAAGCUCACGAAGGAGCCGUUCAGGUGGGACCAGAGGCUGUUCUCGCUGGUGUUGCGAAUGGCGGGCAACAAAGUGGAUGAGCGCGUGGACGGAAAAGUGCCUCACGACGACAGUCCCAUUGAGAAGAUGUGCGAAGUGACUGGUGGGCGGUCGUACAGGGUGAAGUCCCACUAUGUCCUCAAUCAGUGCAUCGAGAGUCUGGUGCAGAAGGUGCAGCCGGGUGUGGUGGUGCACUUUGAUCAGCUGGCACCGAAGGAUCUCAAGGAUGGCGAGGUGCAGGACAUUGCAUUUCAGACCACGAAGAAGAUGAUCUACGUGCAGAAGCAUCCGUCGCAGAAAACAUACCCUGUGGGCUACUGGCCUAUUCCAGAGCCCUACUGGCCCGAUCCCAAGGCGCUUGCGCUGCCGCCGCGGGAUGCUCACCCCAAGAUUCGCAUCGUGACGCCUUGCAUUGACGAGCCGCAGAUGGUGAGGAAUUUCCCAAUUGACAAGUAUGAAUUGGAGGCGAGUCCACUGACGCUACAGAUUCUGUCCAAGCGCGAAGCGACCAAGUGCUGGUCGGUGAUAGUGUCGGGCAUGCACACGUCUGAUGCGCCCUUUGGCUACCUGAAGGCCAAUGCGACAUUCACCCAAGUCUACCUGAUGGUACUGCCAUACAAUUACCCCGUGCUGCUGCCCCUGCUCGGGGAUCUGUUUCACAAGUACAACUCCAAUCCGCCCGGCGAUUGGUUCGGGAAGUUCUCCAACUAUGUGCACAGCAUACCACAGUACUACUGCCCGUUCCUGAGGCGCGCCCUGGGCAGUGCCAGUGUGCCCUAUCAACUGCUGCAGCACAUCAUUCCUGAGCACCUGGACAGCUAUCUGUCGCCAUCGGUGGCGAAUUAUCUGAAAAAUCUCAAGAACACCGCGAAGCAGGACCAGGAGAAUCUGUGCGUGAGGGUGUUCAAGCAGUUGAAGCAGCCCAAGCCGGCCUAUCAUCAGAUGGAGACGGUGAAGUUGAACUGUGGCCAACCGAUGCGCCGGGACCUGGUGUCGCAUCCCAUGCUGAAGGAGACCUUCACGAAGGUGCACAGUGAGAUCAGCAUCUAUGAGAAUUACACGAUUGUCGUGCCCACGGCGUAUGCGCCCAAUUCGCCCAAGAACUAUCGCAAUCCCUUCGACAUUCCGCGGAAGGAGUUGAUUGAUGAGAUUGCGCGGAUGCGGGAGAACUUCUUCAAGCUGCCCACGGUGGGUGCGGGGGUGUACACGAAGGAUGCGGGCCACUGUCUGCCCAUCUCCGAGAUGGGCAACUAUCAGGAAUAUUUGAAGAACAAAGAGACACCGCUGAGGGAGAUUGAGCCGACGAAUGUGCGCCAGCAUAUGUUCGGGAAUCCGUACAAGAAGGACAAGCACAUGGUGAUGGUGGAUGAGGCGGAUUUGGGCGAUGUGGCGCCCAUGAAGCCCAACAUGCCCACGGCGAAGAAGUUGGAUGGGAAGAUGACGCGGAAGCGGAAGGCUGGACCAAUAUCCAAGGACUACAAAUUCCGGCGAAUGGCAACGGGAGUGCGCAGCUCGGCGCCAUCGGCGCUCGGUGGGGCGCUGAUGUCUGACUCUGAGGACGAGACGGCGUCAGAAGUGAGCUCGUCAGUGGAUGAUCCCGAUGAGAAUCGCCUGAUUGUGGACUUUGAAUUCAAUGAGCCACCCACCGAAGACUUCCCCAUAAAUGGCCACGUGCAGGACUUCAUCAAUGGCGAGAUGGAGGACACUGAGGAGGUGGGUGUUGUCGUGCCGAUAAUGGCAAUGCCACCGCCAGCACCAGCCAAUGGGGCCAAUCUGCUGCCGCCGGCGCCUCCGCCCCACGUAAUUCAUCACAAUGACAUCAACGAUGCCCAGGAGAUCUCGAAGAUCCUGCAGCAGUGUCAUAACGGCGGCAAUGAUUCCCGCUCCAUCUUUCACGAGCGCGACGUGGAAGUGCCACGACUGCAGGAGAGCUUCACGAAUCACAAAUUGGAGCCGGUGGAUGUGGUGGAGGCGACGCCCGAGGUGGUGAUAAAGGUGGAGCCGCCUGAGAUGGAUGAGGAGCAGAAGGAGAAUAUUAGGCAGGCGAAUCUGGAGACGCGAACGAUGAUCUUCAAGGACAUCCGCCGUCCGGGGCGCGACUACAGCAUGCUGCUGGAGCACCUGAAUCUGGUGAAGGGGAACUUUGAGACAAGAUUCAACUUUGUGCAGAUGUGCAUCAAUGAGUCGAUGCGCUUCCGGCGGAAACGCAUGGCGGACAGCAUUCAGGAGUGGUGGGAGAAGCAAAUCGACAAGCUGGACUCGUGUCCAGCGACAGUGAAUAGCUAGAGAGAGUGUGAAUGUGUGACCUUUCAAUGGGUUGAUCCUCCACAGUGAAUGCGGGAUGCGUCUCGUGAUCCCACCUGGGCGCUGAGAGAGACAGAGAGAGAGAAAGAGAGCGCCAGGCAUGAUUAUUUUAGACCACUUCUAUAUUUGUAAGAGUAUCAUUUCAACGUUUCACGCCAAACAUCUUUCAAAUUGUCCAUAUGGUUUUCUUUCUGAUUUCAUUCCAAGCCACAGACUUAAAUUGCAGAUAAUUCUCAAAUCAUUUGUAUCUUUGUCAAUUGAAGAGUAAUAAAAAGGUCUAGAGUUUCAUCAAAAUCAGCAGCUGAAGCUUGGAAUAUUCCACGGUUCCUUUGGUCCCCUUUUGGUUGUCUUCUUCUGCAAUUGUUACGAUUUAAAGUUUGUUCUCGAUUCACGCGAGUUUUCAGUUUUACACUCUUGAAAUCUCCCAUUUGAUCUCCACUACACAAAAUUAUUCAAUUCGAUACCGGAAAGAUAAAGAAUUCCACAGGGUUUUUCCAAGAAACUUAGUAAUUAAUUAAACGGAUUAUUCGUUUUCUUGCCCAAGUGAAAGAUUAAUUUCAUGCCCGUAGAAUUGUACAUAGAAAAAAAGAAAUGAUUUAUUUGGUGAUUGGAUUUCUAUAAAACUCCAUACAUUGAGUCGAGGCUUUGCUGUACCUAUCUGUUAAUCUUUCAAAUUUUUCGUAUUUCGCUGUAAAUACUUUCAUCAAAGUAAACUAUCUGCCUCAUCUUUGCAAUAAGAACUGGUUUUAAGUGCCUAAGCGCCUUAUCAACUGUCCAAUAAACCAUGUGAAAACCUGUUCGGUCAGAAGACACCUUCUGACAAGUGCUAAUUCUGCAAUUUGGCCUCUCGGCGCCCAGCAUGUGGAUUUCAAAAGCUACAGGGGACAAAAAUAAGCUCGCAUUCUCUGUGGAAGUUACCCAAUAGAACUCCCCCUCUCUCAACACAAUUUUCCCUAAUUAACGACUCUCGGUUUUUUUCCUCUCCAACGCCGAGCAAUCGUAGAAAAUCAAGAAAGU